AUGCAGACAAUCAGAGACGGUCAGUCAACAAAGGUGGCAGCCCAAAAACUACCAUCGGUAUUCGAGAAAUACACUCAUUUGCAAAUCAAUUUGGUUUUCAAGAGAGACUCAACCGGAUCUCUUGUUUAUGAUAUUCUACAACUGAAAGUGCCGCACACACGCCGCCUCAUGAUUCCGUUGGCAAGAUAUUCGAUAUAUCGCAGCAGAAUAUCAUAA